AUGACGCUCAGUUCAUCUGAGCAUGCAGCGGAGGCCAUCCAAUGGUUUGUUUUUGGGCUGUGGCGAAUCUGGAAAACCAGGAACUUGGCUGUCUUUGAAGGUGCGAAAGCUGAUCCCAUUGAGGCUACUCACCUCUUGCUCAACCAAGUCUCUGAGUACCGUGUUGCUAAGCAGGAGAUUCAGCCUCAACCUCUUCAGGCUAUCAGUAGCUCCAUAGCCCAAAGUUGGUGUAAACCUCUGCUGGGUCUUCUCAAGGUGAAUUGCGACGCCGCAUGGUCUGCUCAACUAUUGCGGGGAGGAGUCGGCUGGGUUAUCAGGGACAGCCAUGGUCUACUGUUAUGUGCUGGGGGUGAGGGUGACCUUCGUGGCUCCUCUGUUCUAAUGAUGGAACUUCUCGCUAUUCGCCAUGCCCUCAGUGCAUGUGCCCACUUCCAGCUCACACACGUAAUGGUGGAGUCGGAUACCCAAAGAGGAAUCUCAAUGCUCAAUGGUCAGGCUACUCUACCAUGUUUGACCAAAGACUCAGACGCUACAUAUAGAGAUGGAGGGGGAAAAGCAAUUGAAGCAGCUAGCAUUUUCACAAAACGCGCCAAACAGGAAAAUUGA